UAUGUAAACAAGUAAUCUGAGAUGGACGGACACUCCCGUCUUCCAGUCACCCUUCGGUGCUCUCCAUGGUUCUGCAUUAAUUACCACAGUCUGUCCAAUCAGAAGGGGGAGGUGUAGACCAGGGGCGGGAAGAGAUGCUAGGAAGAGACAGGCCCACUUUCCCCAAACUGUACAAGGGAGCGUCUGUAGUUUCAGGUUAGGAGCAACAGGUAACAAAUUAAAGGUAAAUGGUUUUUUUUUCUUCAUUCCUUUAUUGAUUGGCUCAGGAAGAGUAUCCUUUAAUUUAGGUUGAUAUAGUCCAGCUUUCCUCUGCUCUUUACUUUUUAAAGAUACUGCCUAUCUUAAAAGUUGGUGCAUAUAGAAAUAUAGUAGCGUAUGCUUCCAGGGCCAGGAAGCUGUUUCUAUUUACAGAAUAAGCUCUGUGAACAAAAUUGGAGGAAGAACCGAUCUGGUUCUAGCGCUAGGGGAGGAAACCAAGCUGGGUUUAAACGGGACCUCCUCAUGUUGCCUUCGGAGUUUGUGAGUGUGCUUAUCUCUACUUUUUUACCACCACAUUAUUAUUAAACUUCAUUGGUAUUCUGCUUUUGGGCCCGAAGGUCUCCAAAGCAGUGAAGACCAGAUUAAAAAUACAAUAGACGAAACACAAUAAAAUGCAACAAGCAGACCGUCUGUCGAAUUAGCUGUAAAUAAAUAUUACCAUGUAGUCAGAGGGAGAUUUAUGGCAUGUUUUUGGAAAUCAAUGCACAAGAAAGUGCACAGGAUUAUUCUGUGUAAAGAAAGACGUUUUCCACCUUGCCCAUUUCUGCUUCCUCAUUUAAGACCAGACUUACUGUCGGGGGACAAAGCAAAGGCAGCUGUUCAUCCUGAUCGACCAUCUGUCUAAAUCAGACUUGGCGUUCAAAGGGCUGUUGAAUCCAGAGAUUGUGCAGCACUAUGUAAAAAGGUGUUUGGAAGAGUUUUGUCACGACUCGGGAUUUUCACCAUGCCAGUGCAAAAAGAGAGGCUGUGUUGGAACAGUAAAAAUGGCUGCAGCCAAGGCCAGCAGCUUCCCACUGGGUUCUUUCGACAAAACGGUUUUGCUUUCAAGCAGUAGCCAUCUAUGUAGUUUCGGCUGUUAUAUAAGUAUUUAAGAAGCUGGUGCAUAGGACGAUGAAUCUGGUCCUUUUCAACUGGGUUAUUAAUGCACUGUUCCCAAAUCACGGAGAUAAGACUCACUUAUUUAUAGCACGUCAUCAGUUCCCUAGAUGCUGCCACACCAUGCUGACUAAUGGCAUCAAGCAGCAAAGAACUAAGAGCUGGUGCCUCUUUGAGGCAGCUCCUGUAUUCCUCAACUAUGAUUCACUUACGGAAUUCACUGCCACAAGAUAUGCUGAUGCCCACUAAUAUUAGAUGGCUUUAAAGAAUGGAUAAACAGAGGGUCUGUGCUACCCCUUUAUUAGCUAUGAUGACUAAAUGGAACAUCCAUGUUCAAUGGCAGCGCCUCUAUGGAUAACAGAUGUUGAAGACAAACAUCAGAAGUAAAGGCAUGCACAAUUGUGCCAUAUUAAGUGAGAUGGCUCAUGUAAGGAUCUACUUUCUAGAACUUUUUUCUUUUUAGUGCAUCUGAGCCAAAACUUAAAGGAGGAAUGACUGACUUACGUAUACUUGGAGGCCAUGUUAUUCCAGCUGUAAGGUAAAGGGACCCCUGGCCAUUAGGCCCAGUCGUGACCGACUCUGGGGUUGCGGCGCUCAUCUCGCUUUAUUGGCCGAGGGAGCCGGCGUACAGCUUCCAGGUCAUGUGGCCAGCAUGACUAACCCGCUUCUGGCGAACCAGAGCAGCGCACGGAAACGCCGUUUACCUUCCCGCCGGAGCGGUACCUAUUUAUCUACUUGCACUUUGACGUGCUUUCAAACUGCUAGGUUGGCAGGAGCAGGGACCGAGCAACGGGAGCUCACCCCGUCACAGGGAUUCGAACUGCCAACCUUCUGAUUGGCAAGUCCUAGGCUCUGUGGUUUAACGGACAGCACCACCCGCGUCCCUAUUCCACUUGUAGUACUAAUCAAUUAAUUUAUAUACUACAUUUCCUGCAAAUUCAUCAGUGUUCAAAGCUAUGCACAUUCUAAAAACAGAAGUAUCAGAACCUGAAGGCCAUAAGUAGUUUUAUUUUAUUCGCCACACAUUUUGAAAUGCCUUCAUAGGUGGCCAUGCUCUUUAAUAACGUCUCCACGGAACAACUGACUAGGAAACAAAACUUUUAAAAAGGAAGCAACACCAAGCCUCUCUCACGCAGCUUUUGAAGGUUUCCAUUUGAAGAAAUUUAAUAGCUUUCCGUGGCCACUGAAGCUGCCGUCCUAUAUGUACAUGCAUGUGGGAGUAAGUCCCACAUAACUCAUUCUGAAUAGACAUGUAUAGGCAAAGUCAACAAAGACACCGUGACACCAGAAAGACUAACAAAUUGUUAUAGAGGAGGUUCAGUGAUAGGGCACAUGCAUGGCAUGCAAAAGUUCCCCUGUUCAGUCCUUAGCAUCUUCACUUGAAGAGCGAUGGCCAGAGUAGCCAAUCUUAGGCCAGAUAGACUGAAGGCCUGCCUCGGAAUAGGACUACUUCCCAUGUUUCUUUCUUAGGGUACAAUCCUCACUUGGCGUGGGUUAACGUAGUGGUGGAAGCUGCUCAGGCAGGUUGCUGCCCCAAUCUGAAGCUGGCAUAGUGAUUGAACCCAGUUCAGGCCUGAGGCUGUCUUGUGAUAGCAGUGGGGCCUGCUAGAGAUCCAAUGGAUCCCGGGGCAGCUCAGCUGCUCUCACCCCUACCCCUAAACAUCCUAUUUCAGGGCUUUCCACUGGCUGCCUUCGAUCCACCUGCAACUUCAGUGGAUGGAAGCAGGAUCUUAGCACCAGUGGAAUGAUGCUGGCAUCAAUCUGCAAGUGGAGGCCAGCCAAGCUCAGCAAAGGAACAUCUCGGCCCAAAUCAACCCCUGACCCCAACAAAAAAGGAUGGGGUUGUUGUUAAGUUUCUUAGGUGCAGAAGUGCUUUGAACAUUUUUCUUUUCUUUUAAAAAUUGCCACAGGAUUAUAUUCACAAUCCCUUUGGAAACUACCGUAUUUUUCUGUGUAUAAGACGCCCCCCAUGUAUAAGAUGCCCCCUACUUUUGGGGACCCCAAAUUAAGAAAAUGGGCAUAUGCACUAUCCGUGUAUAAGACGCCCCCAGAUUUUUUACCUUAUUUUAAAGUGAAAAAAACCUAGUCUUAUACACGGAAAAGUAUGGUACUUUCUUUUUAAACAUUAAACUUUUUUGUCAGAAAAGUCUUGUGCAAGAAACGUAUAAAGAAAAAAGAACAAUAUAAAUAUUUUUAAAAAUAUACAAGAGACAAACGAAAAAUGAGACUUCCACAAUAUGAAAAAGAUUGGGCCAAGGAGAAAUUAAGCAGAGAGAAAUAUAUGAGGGAGGACCAGGCAGAAGGCCUUCUCAGUAGUGGUGCCCUCCCUGUGGAAUGCCCUCCCACCAGAUGUCAAGGAAAUAAACUACUAUCUGACUUUUAGAAGACCUCUGAAGGCAGCCCUGUUAUGGGAAGUUUUUAAUGUUUGAUGUUUUAUUGUGUUUUCAAUAUCCUGUUGGAAGCUGCCCAGAGUGACUGAGGAGGCCCAGCCAGAUGGUCGGGGUAUAAGUAAUAAUUAUAAUAAUAUUAUUAUUAUUUGACAAACUUAGAGAGUAUGCUGACAAUGAAGUUGACAUGGACAAGGGACAUAGUAAAAAAAGAAAGAUGUUUUUAAAUGUGCUGUGAAAAGAGUCUGUGGAACACAGAAAUCCCACAUGAAAGUGGGGAAAUCAAUAUUAUGUUUUGUUUUGAGUCAGGGUAGAAAACCCCCCUUUCUAUUCCCAAAUGGUUUGCCCUGGCACCCCUUGUUUGGCCUACUGCCUGAGGUUUUGUGGAGGAGGAUGUGCCAUCACCAGUGUUGAAGUAAGGUUCAGCUGCCAGUCCAGCCCAUUUCUGUUUGGGGGGGGGUAUCUUAACCUAUAUAUUAUAUGUAUAUAUUAUUAAUUAGCAUUUUGGAGAAGAUUUCCACUUUUUAAAUACUACUUACAGCAGCGUCUUGGGUUUCCAAGUCUAAGAUGUGUUGCUACACUGAGGAAAAAAUGUGUGCAUCAUUCAAAACCUAAUAUGUUUGUACUAUGUUCUUAGUAGAUCUUUGUAUUUCUUCUUAAGGGAAGGUUGAAAUUCCAGUUUAGCACAAUGACCUUUUGGACUGAUACUAUCAGAGGGUUGCAAAACCAUUUCUGAGAAUUCAUUAAUUGGCUGUUUUGGGGAAAAAAGAAAUCUACAUUUCACUGCUAGCUAGAUAUAACAGCAGAACAUAUUUUGCAUAUUUUGCAAACAUUCUUGAGUUGUACAUACACACCUUGAAGAAAUCCUCCUUUUCUUUUCACUCCAACACACACAGAGAUUUAUAUUCUGGAUUAUUUAGCGAAAGGGAAUCUUGGUGAUGGAUGGGAAAAGAUCUAUGCCAGAUCCGUCCUCUGCCAAAUGAGAGAUUUCCCAAGUGAAGAGAUGCUAAAUCAUUUAGGCUGCAACAUAAUGCACAGAUUUGGUAAUAAGCUUCAGUGAAAUAUAGGAGGAGUCAUUUUCAAGCAAACAUUCGGAAGCUCUGGUUGUAUACUUUGUAAAUUACUAUUCACCGAACCUCCGUUGCUGCAGAGACACGGCCAGGUUUGAGGAAGCCGCCCUCCAAGCCUGACAAACGACGCACAUAAAAUUCUACAAAACUUAUACAUUCUGGAAAAGUGGCCGAAUAUUGUGACUGAAUCCUUUUCUUCAGUUGACUGACUCACACAUUGCAUCUCAGAAUUCAUCCAUCGCAUUUUUACAUUCAUCCAUUCUGUUUUAUUUUUAAAACUCCCCUUGCAAAAGCCUUUGCAACCAGACUCAGAUAUGUAUAUGCACUUUUUAUGUACGUUUCUGGACAUACAAACAGAACAUCUUCACUCUAGUAAAUGAAGCUCCUUCUUAUGAGUACGGUUGCCAACAUUUUUGCCAUUUUCCUCUCUCCUAGAUGCCUGGUACAGCGAGACACGACCGGGAGAUGGCAAUCCGGGCCAAAAGAGACCUUGCCAAAACUACAGAUCCAAUCGAGAGACUUCGCCUUCAGUGCCUAGCAAGGGGCUCUGCUGGCAUCAAAGGCCUCGCCAGGUAAAAUGAGUUCAUGAGGUAAAUUAUUAAACCAGCCCACAUUCUUCUGUAGGCCAGGAGAUUACUGAAGCACAGCUGGCCUUGCUUAAUAGAUAUUUGGAUUUCCGUGUUCUGUUUCCAGAGGCCCUCAAGCACUGAUGUUAUGAGGCAGCCAAACUGUCAAGAAAGAGAAAAUACUUACCUGAACCAGUUGAAGGCUGCAGGGGCCUCAUUACACCUGAAUUCACUUCACAGCUCAUGAACUCACGUAAUGUUAAAUAUAACUGUAGAGUUGGAAGGGACCCAGUGAGUUAUCUAGUCCAACCCCCCUGCAUUGCAGAAAUGGGCUGAAGGCAAUGGUAAGAGGGCUUGGAAAAUGAGGAAUGAGGGAAGGAAAGUCAUAGGCCCCUAACAGCAUCACUUAGGGCAAAACUAUUCAACUGUAGCUUGCAAAAGGCAGCAUAAAAUGCAUGAUUGUCAGAAGUACUGAUGAUGAGUUAAAGCAAUGAAAGUAGGCGUUUUUUUCUGUAGCAAACUCAAGCAACUGCCUUGAACCUUAGAAAUAACAUUAACUAUUAACUAUUUGGGGGACUAUAGGACUUGAAGCUGCACAUUUCAUUUGCAAUAUCUGAAAACAGAGUCCAGAUUUACUUAUUGGUAUGCUAGUCUUUGGCCGAUAGGGCUCCGUGAAUGACUUAUAUACAGUUAGAACAAGACAGGUCUUUUGUAAUCUAAAAGGCAUGACACAAAAGGAGAAAGAGAGAGGGAGGAUGGAAUGGAAACAGUUUAGAUGAAUGCUACACAUUUAUUUAUUUUUGCGUAGGAGCUGACUGAGCUGCCCUAUUGGAUGAAAAAGGAUUGUGUUGUUUCUUUUCUCUUGAAUGCCUGUGUCCUAACUUCUUGAUAUCAGUGUCUGCUCUCUAUUCCUCUUCCAUCCUCUUUUCAUAGAAUCAUAGAAUCAUAGAGUUAUUUUAUUACAGUGGUGCCUCGCAAGACGAAAUUAAUUCGUUCCGCGAGUUUUUUCGUCUAGCGAAUUUUUCGUCUUGCGAAGCACAAAAUCCCAUAGGAAUGCAUUGAAAUUCAAUUAAUGCGUUCCUAUGGUCAAAAAAGUCCAAACAAAGCCAAAUUUGGUACAACAAGAGUUUAUUAAGUGCUCUUUAAAGUCACACAUACUGUAAAGAGCAUUUCAAAAAUUGAAGGAACAAUAAAUUAAGUUUCUAAACAUGACAGAAAAACAUUUAAAAAUCAACAAAGUGUACAGUACAUUUUCUAAGACUCUGGGGACAACUCGAAGACGGUUCUACUUCCACUCUUUGCUUCUUGCUGAAGAACCCCCUCCUCAACUGUUCCCCCAGCCACCCACCACACAGAAAUUCAAAUCCAGAAUUUUUUAAAAAAACAGCAGAGUGGCCCAAUGGUCACAGAAAAUCAUAAAAAUGCAGAAAAAAACCACACAAGCUUCCAGAUUCUUGCAAACCCCUCCUCAACUGUUCCCCCAGCCACCCACCACACAGAAAUUCAAAUCCAGAAUUUUUUUAAAAAACAGCAGAGUGGCCCAAUGGUCACAGAAAAUCAUAAAAAUGCAGGAAAAAAACACACAAGCUUCCAGAUUCUUGCAAACCCCUCCCCAACACCAAGUCCUUGAAUUCCAAACACCCCAACCCAAAAUCCAAAACCCCCCAAAAAAAGUUUUAAAAGUUUAAAAGAAGUUUUGGAAAAGCUUCAAAAAUCACCAAAGUCUUCAAAAAAGGCUACCACACCGCGUUCUAUGAGUUGCUCCUCGAAGUCAAGUCGCAACUGUAUUAACGGUGUUAAGAAAAAGGAAACAAACUUGCAAGACGUUUUUGUUUUUCAUCUUGCGAAACAAGCCCAUAGGGAAAUUCGUCUUGCAAAGCAGCUCAAAAAACGCAAAACCCUUUCGUCUAGCGAGUUUUUCGUCUUGCGAGGCAUUCAUCUUGCGGGGCACCACUGUACUCUUUUCUUCAAAGUGGCCCUUCUUUUCUUCAGGGUCUUUCGAAUCAUGGAUGAUGACAACAGCAGGACUAUCGAUUUCAAAGAGUUCUUGAAAGGCCUCAAUGAUUACGCUGUGAUGAUUGACAAAGACGAAGCUGAAAAGAUCUUCAAGAUCUUUGAUAAAGAUGGGAGUGGAACAAUAGACUUUGAUGAAUUUCUCAUAACAUUAAGGGUAAGGCUAAUUUAUUUUAUUUUAUUUUUAAAAGAAAUGCUUUCUGUGUCAUAGAAAUAUAGAAUGGUAACUUUAGUGCAAAAAGGUAAAGGUAAAGGGACCCCUGACCAUUAGGUCCAAUCAUGGCCGACUCUGGGGUUGUGGCGCUCAUCUCGCUUUAUUGGCCGAGGGAGCCGGCGUACAUCUUCCAGGUCAUGUGGCCAGCAUGACUAAGCCGCUUCUGGAGAACCAGAGCAGCGCACGGAAAUGCUGUUUACCUUCCCGCCGGAGCAGUACCUACUUGCACUUUGACAUACUUUCAAACUGCUAGAUUGGCAGGAGCAGGGACCAAGCAACAGGAGCUCACCCCGUCACAGGGAUUCGAACCGCUAACCUUCUGAUCGGCAAGUCCUAGGCUCUGUGGUUUAACCCACAGCACCACCCGCAUCUUAAGCAGUGCUUUUUUUCUGGUGGGACACAGGGGGGCUCAUGCCCCUAAGCAUUUUGUGAAUCUAAGUUUGGCCUCAUUGAGGGUCAGUAUUUAAAUAUAAACAGGAAAAUGAGAGUACCUCUAAACAUUUUUUGGAAAAAGCACUGGUCUUAAGUGUAACAAAAAUAUAAUUUAACCAUUGUUUAAUAAACAAUGGCUUACUGUGAUCAUCUGGACUCUGUUCAGCAGCUUAACCAUGGUUUAUUACAACAAACCACACACAUAGCCAUGGUUUGUUGUUGGCUUAUAAACUUUAGUUAAUGUUAACAAUGGCUUCCCGUUGCAUGUGAGCCAGGCAGUAGCUACCGUAUUGGCCCGAAUAUAAGCCACACCCGAAUAUAAAUCGCACCUUUAAAAUUGGAGGAGGGGGAAAAAAAGGAAAAAUACCCAAAUAUAAGCUGCUCCCUUCCUUGCUGCUCCUGGCUGCAUACUGGGGAGGGGGGGUUGUGCUGCGUUGGCGGCGGCCUUGGGGGAAGACGGGGACUAUGCACAGGGUGGGCGCUGCUUUGCCACACUCCUGGUGCUGUUUGCCAUGCUCUCCUGGCUGCAUACCGUAAGGUCGCGAAUAUAAGCCACACUUUAACAUUUCACAGUCGGAAUUUGGGGGGGAAAGUGAGGCUUAUAUUCAGGCCAAUAUGGUACUAUAUAAGCUUAUGAAUUCUAUUUUGAAAACCCACCUGCAAUGUACCAUUUCCUUUUGUGGAUGGUGAUUCAUAAAAAGCUCCGUUGUGGUGAAAUGAAACAGUCAUGAAAGGCCAAAGUAAGUUAUAUGAAAAUACAAUCAUAUGCAGCCCAUAUUCACUCUGGAGCAGGUCCCAGUUUGUUCAUUGGCCUUGCUCACUAGUAAGUGUAUGUAGGCUAGUAGCCUCAGUAUAUUAACCAAUCCUUUGAAAUCCGUUUUAAGCUCCUUUCACAUGGCUGUAUGCAUUCCACCAUGCCCUAUGUAAAUGCCCAUACAUGAAGGGAUGGGGUUCGUUUUGUUAGUUCUGCCUCAAACACUGCUUGGUUGUCAUGUGAACAGGAUUUUAUGCCUGCCCAUCUAACUGUAUGCAAACUAGCCUCCUUCCGGGGUUACAUUUCCCCCCUUUGUGGGGGGAAGUGGGGCUGAGAGUGCCCUCCACAAGUUGGAGGGCAAACCUCUGAACAUCCUGUACUCAGGAAGGCUCUCCAUACAAUUUAAAACCCUGAUUACAAAUGAUUAUACCGUAAUAAAUAUAUUAGUCUGUGAGGUACCAUACAACUAUGUUGCUUUUCCUGCAGAUGGCAACCCCUCUGAUUUUAUGAACACAGUCUUCCAAUGGUGAAUCGGCAUUCCUAUCCUUUCUAUCAUUUAUCCCAGGUCUAUAAAGCAGGAUAUAAGUCCUUUAUGAUCAAAUGGGUCCUGCAACCUUCCUUUUGGUGACCCAAAGCCCUAUGAACACAUUAAAGGAAAUGCAGCCAAUCUGCCGAUAUUUUUAUUACAGUAAUAGCAUUGGUCGGUACAAAGACCUUGCUGCACAUGGGUGACGAUCCAAUGACUUUACUAUGUUCAUUUGUUGGUGUUGUUGUUUUAAAGCCUCCCAUGUCUAACGCAAGAAAAGAAGUCAUCAUGCAAGCCUUUCGAAAGCUAGACAAGACCGGGGAUGGGAUUGUCACCAUUGAAGAUUUACGAGGAGUCUACAAUGCAAAACACCAUCCCAAGUACCAGAAUGGGGAAUGGUCUGAAGAGCAAGUUUUCAGGCUGUUUCUGGAUAACUUUGAUUCGCCUUAUGAUAAAGAUGGACAGGCAAGUGAAAUAUUGCAGGUUGACAGAAAGGUGGCGCCUUUGUAACAUUUAAGGGUUUUGCUUUAAAGAACAAGACAGUUGGCACAAUAAUUACACACAGUGCAGAAAAUUAGGCAUAGCUACUAGCCAUGAUGGGUGGCACUGUGGGUUAAAGGGUGGUGCUGUGGGUUAAACCACAGCGCCUAGGACUUGCCAACCAGAAGGUUGGCGGUUCGAAUCCCGCGAUGGGGUGAGCUCCCGUUGCUCGGUCCCAGCUCCUGCCAACCUAGCAGUUCAAAAGCACAUCAAAGUGCAAGUAGAUAAAUAGGUACCGCUCCGGCAGGAAGGUAAACGGCGUUUCCGUGCGCUGCUCUGGUUCACCAGAAGCGGCUUAGUCAUGCUGGCCACAUGACCCGGAAGCUGUACGCCGGCUCCCUCGGCCAAUAAAGCGAGAUGAGCACCGCAACCCCACAGUCGGUCACGACUGGACCUAAUGGUCAGGGGUCCCUUUACCUUUACCUUUACUAGCCAUGAUGCAGAUGGAUGCUGACCGGCUUCUGAAUUCCAGUUGCUGGAAACCACAGGAGGAAGCUAUUGCUUUCUGGUCCUGCGUGCAGGUUUUUCACAGGCAUCUGGCUGGCUGCCGCGAGAACAGGAUGCUGGACUAGAUGGGCCUGAUCCAGCAAGCUCUUCUUAUACCCUUGCUCUUUCAUGAACAUUAGUCGGAUGGGGGGUGGGAAUGGGAUAUGUGAACUCCAUGGGGGUUUGACCAGUGAGCAGAAGUGGAGGAGACAACCUUUGUGUUUGUACGCCUUAACAUGCAAAAUUCCUAUGGCUUUUACAUCCCACUUUUUUUUACCAUUAUCUUUCAACACAACUGUUUUCUAUGUUCCAGUGCCCUGGGACUCUAAGGAGGAUCAACGCAUCUGCUUGCUCAAUGUGCCUUUUACUAAUAAGGCCUUCCAUUGCAAAUAAUAGCUGGAUGACCUUCAUGAGGUGUUCUUUCCUGUAGGGAAAGGGAAAGAAGGACUCCAUAAUGGGAAUUCCCAUCUCAUGUUAAGCUUUUUAUUUUCUGCUGUCAUGGACUCCGCAUUUCCCCCUUUCUGAUAAGGUUCCUUCUGAAAACCGGAUGCCUUCUAGAUGUAGUUGGACUACAACCUCCAUUGGUUCCAGACAGGAGGACUCAGUGGUGAGGGAUGAUGGGAGUUAUAGUCCAAAACAUCUGGAGGGAAAGGCAUCAAUACAUAUUCCAUGUGGAGCAAUUUCUUUCUUGAUUUCUUGUCGGUGGUAAGACAAGGCGAGACAAAUGAAGAUAUUAAUUUUUUCCCCUUUACAAUUCCUCUACUUUAGGUUACACCAGAAGAAUUUAUGAACUAUUACGCAGGUGUCAGCGCUUCAAUAGACACAGAUGUCUACUUCAUUGUGAUGAUGAAAAACGCUUGGAAAAUCUGAUUUUGUUAUUGUAAUGCAAAGUGCUGCUGCUGCUGUUGUCAUUGUAAACAUCUCCUAAGCCUCAUCAUAUACAGGACAGUGCUGCUGUAUUCAGACCAGUAACCAGCUGCUCCAUUCCUAGGAGUGAAUUAGAAGAAGCAAUAGCCAAAAUUAUCACUGCGCCUAUUAUUUUGGGAAGACUGAUCUCACUGAGGAACUGUGAUUUUCGUUUCAGCAAACAGGGAUUCCUAAUGUAACAAAUGUGAACAGGGGUCAGGAGGACAGAAGUACUGCUUGAGUCAGGGAUGAUAAGCCCUUCCUCCACCUGCUGCUUUUCCUCAACUCCUUUCCUUGCCCCCAGUUUCCUAGCCUCAUUACUACCCCCUCAGUCAGGCUCUGAGAUCAGCAAUAAGAGGGGGAAGCAAUAUCUGGGGAGGGGUUGCAGGAAGAAAAGUGGUGGGUGGGGAAGCAUCACACCUGAAAUUCCUCCCUGUACAUUAUUCAGCAAACACAAGGUUGGGAAUGCUGGGUUGCAUCCAAUGAUGGUUUUGCCUUAGCGCAGGGGCGAGGAAGCUUUUUCACACUCCCCAGGGCCACACUCCCUUCUGGCCAACCUUCCAGGGGGCCCACAUGGCAGUGGGUGGGUGGAGCCAGAGGCAAAAGUGGGUGGAGCAACAAGUGAAGAAGUUACCUUUGUAUGCAGCAGGCUAGAGUCUGCACACACAUUCACACAACCCUCUAUAUCCUCUAGUCCAGGGGUAGGCAACCUAAGGCCUGGGGGCCGGAUGUGGCCCAUUCACCUUCUCAAUCUGGCCCGCAGAUGGUCCAGGAAUCAGUGUGUUUUUACAAGAGUAGAAUGUGUGCUUUUAUUUAAAAUGUAUCUCUGGGUUAUUUGUGGGGCAUAGGAAUUUGUUCAUUCCCCCCCCCCAUAUAGUCCGCCCCCCCCACGAGGUCUGAGGGGCGGUGAACCGGCCCAUGGUUGAAAAAGGUUGCUGACCCCUGCUCUAGUUAGACAAACGAGGCGUUAUCAGAGCUGGAGGACAUUUUCAUCCAGGCAAAAAACACCUGGAAGCAAGCUCAGUGAGGGGUCUGGUCUGAGGAGAGGGGUUUGAGGCCUGGGGAGAAUGUGAGGGCCAGAUAGAAAAGCUUGGAGGGCUGCGUUUGCGGUUCCCCACUCCUGACUUUGUGCAUGAACAAGGCCGGGCACCUGAAUUUUGUUGAUCCCUCAUACCCACUUAAUUUCCCUUUCCACUGAAAAGCUGUUCCUGAGGAUUGUGGGGGACCCACUUGUCAGCAUGGAGACUGGUGCACAGGUUUGUGGUAGGUGAAUGGAGGGCAGAACAGUAAAAAUGGGGUGCUUCGACUUGUGCAAGCAGAAGUAGGUAAAGGUAAAGGGACCCCUGACCAUUAGGUCCAGUCGUGGCCGACUCUGGGAUUGCGGCGCUCAUCUCGCUUUACUGGCUGAAGGAGCCGGCGUACAGCUUCCGGGUCAUGUGGCCAGCAUGACUAAGCCACUUCUGGCGAACCAGAGCAGCGCACGGAAACGCCGUUUACCUUCCCGCCGCAGCGGUACCUAUUUAUCUACUUGCACUUUUAUGUGCUUUCAAACUGUUAAAUUGGCAGGAGCAGGGACCGAACAAAGGGUCCCCCAUCACGGGGAUUCGAACCGCUGACCUACUGAUCAGCAAGUCCUAGGCUCUGUGGUUUAACCCACAGCGCCACCCGCAUCCCUUGCAAGCAGAAGUACUUUCUGCUAAAGCAAAGCCAGUGUUGAAAUGCAACCCACUCUGAUUGCUGAAGCCACAAUUAGUUUCCCCCCAAGAAGAUGGGGACCUGAAGUAAAAAAGAUGAGUGAUGAAAUCCUUGCCAGAGUGCAUCUUUUGGUUUUUACCUGCCAUUUCUCCUUUUGCAUAUGGAAUCUGCUUUGGCUCAGAAAUCUAUGUGACCCCCUUGCUUCCAAAGUCCCUGGAUUUAUACAGAUUUUUAUGGUCCAAUAUGUCAGCAAAACAAUUAACGGGCUGUUGGUAGGAUGACUCAUUGCCUUUCAGUGAGGCAGGGAGGAGAGAGAGAAAAACCGCUUCUGGUACUCCUUAGUAAUGUCAAGUGCAUAUGAAUUAAAACUGCAUUCACUGGGUAACACUGACGCCAAGAGUUUACUUCAUUUUCAUUUUCAAACAUACAUAAAAAAAUAAUGUAAAACAUUUUCAAAUGCCUGAGACCUUUUUCACCAGUAGAAAGAUGAGCACAUAUACAUGCUAGCAAAUUCUAGCAUAUCUGUAUUCGUCCGAGUGCGUCUGUGUGUUUAUGUUUAUAUACACACACAAACACACACAUAUAUAUUAGAAGCUGAAUGUGCCCCUUCUGGCCCAUAAAAUCAGAAAGAAUAUCAAUACGCUGCAAUAAAAACCACACAGUAAUCUUUAUAUCCAACCCAAUACAUUUUCAGCAAAAUCUUCAGCAGCAAAAACAUAUCAUCAGUAAACAGCAAAUGAUUGGAAUGUGGCUGAGCAGAUACACACUGGAUUGCACUGUCAGCCUCCAGGAUCCUUGGCCUUGUGAGAAAUUAAGCAGCAAUUCAUGACAGAAUUCAAGUUUUAACUGUUGCUACAGUAGCAGGCAAUGAAUUGAUAGCUGUAUCAACCAGUACAUAUAAAAUGCACCAGUGAAGUAACAUAUGUAACCAAGAGUUAUUCACACAACACAAUUCAUACACGGAAUUCAUUGCCGAAGUUGCGAUGCCAACCAUUAAGAACUGUUGCGCUUAGGUUCUGCUUGCAGGCCCCUGUUUGGCCACUAUGAGAACAACAUGAUGAACUAGAUGGGCCACUGGCCGGAUCCAUCAGAGCUGUUCUUGUGUUCUUAAGAGGAUUAGACAAAUUAAUAAAGGGCAGAUCCAUCUAUCAGAGCUAUGUUGAUCAGCCAGGAGCCAACUUUGCAAUAAUAAAAAAAUCCUACACAAUUCAACAGCAUGGCAUGUGCCAGACUCAUUUGGAAUAGAGAUGUUAAAAGAUCAAAAAUAUUUCUACUGUCAGCCACUCUUUUCAGGAUUACUGGAGAACUGGAUUUUUGCAGCAAGGCUAAAAAACCCCCCGAGUGUGUACAAAUCAUUGGCAGCCUCUCCCACGGAAACCCCAUUUCGACGAACGAGCUCUUGUGCAACUUUUCGGCUGUUUCUUCACAAAAGUCAAUUGAGGUGGUGGAUACAGCCAAUGGGUGUCCUAAAAACUCCAAAGCGGUGCAAUCCAGUAUUCUGGAGGUGCAAACUUGUCUGGGUUUAAUGAAAUCUCUGCAAACAUCCCAGUGUUUUGUACACAUCCAUGAUUUUAGAAUGCAGCCCUUAUUCUGGCAAGUCUCCAUUGAAAAAACUGACAAAGCACUAUUGUAAGUACCUGUUCUUUCCAGAGCAUUUUUACUGCAUUGCUCAGAAGAAAAUAUUUUCAGUGACUCGUGUUUACAGCAACAGGCAACUUGACCUUAGGGAAAUAGCUAAAUGCAGACAUAAGAACACAAGAAGACCUGCUGGAUCAGGCCCUGUGGCCCAUUGAAUCCAAUAUCCUGUUCUGAUGAGCCAACCAGGUGCCUGGGGGAAACCUGCAAGCAUAACCUGAGCACAAGAACACUUUCCCCUCCUGGUAUUUGGAAGCACUGCUGCCUAAGACUGGAGGCUAGGCUAAAAUAUAGGUUUUUCAGAUCCCACCUGACCUAUAGUACUUUUUCAUUCAAGAGCUUUGAAGCAGGCGGUGGUUCUGCUGGUGCAGCUUCCCAGUGUUGCUACAAUGAUGAGAAAACCAGAACCUGUCCCUGACCCACGUCAAUUACAAAGCUGAGCAGCAAAAUUCAGAGCCAGGGCAGGGCAAGAGAUGCCAGCAUGGAAAACCAGGUCAUGUAAUUCAGCCUUGCAAACAAGUCCACAAAAGUUACUAGCCUGGAAAAAGGUUCGAGCCCACCCAGGGAUGGCUGCGGGCAGGAUUCCGGCAUUGCAGGGGGUUGGAUUAGAUGACUCUCGCAAUUCCAACUCUGCAAUUCUAUGAUUCUGUGAAAAGUCGCUUGCUGAUGGCUGACAGAAGCUGGACACUGAGGACAAGACUUAUUUCCUCGAGCAACCCCCAAGGUUUCCAUGCAGGGAGCACUCGCCUGCAUGGAAUUCCGAGUCACCUAUGGUUACCAGGCUAGUGGUUAACUUCAAGACUGGUGUAAUCUUCUCACUGAUCAAUGCCCAAAAAUGAUACUUGGAGAGCCCAAUCAUGCCAUGUGCCAGAGCUGCUAGUUUUGAAAAUUCCCCUUGUUUUCGAAAAAACUCGCCAUUGUGACAUAGGCCUCUUCUUUAUUUGGAACUGUUACAUCUGCGUAAGCUUGAAGACAGUUAUCAGACUCAGGUCCAGGCAGGAUAGCAGCGGGAUGCGUAGAAGAACUGGCAUGGUUGAGGAGAGCAUCACUACCGCCAUCUUGGUCUCCAAUACCACCUUUCUCGUAUGGGUUGGCAUUGAUUAAUGUGUCAUCCUCAGGAGCGAGGAGUCUUCUGUCCACAUGCUUAUCCAGUGUCUCAGCCGGCCACAUUCCUUCAUAUGCCAGAGGCAGUUUCAGCCACCCAUGGUUGAUAUGAACCAGGUUCUUUUGUUCCAGUCCUUUCCCCAUCUUUUCUGGAACAUCAAAAUCCCAGGCAAGCAGCAAACGUUCUGACUUGGCCCGAAUGCUAUCCACCUUAUGGAUGGGGACGUAUUCCAAACUCUCGGGACUGAAGAAGCUUACUUCGGAAUUCUACCGGGAUACGGGGAUAUUUCGUGUGACAGGGGAGGGGUGGGAAGUCAAAAAGAAAAAUAUAAGUGACUGUUACAGUUUUUUGUGAUGUAAAUUUGUUAAAACCUUUGAAAAAUCU